GAGGGUGAGGGCCAGGGGGAGGCGCGAGCCGGGUCUCUAGCUGCUGCAAUCUGUUGCGCCGGCAGAGCCGGCAGAUCCGGGUCUCGUGGCAAGGAGUGACGUGGUCAAUCGAAUCAAAACAGAGGAGGAAGGAGGCGGUGGCGGCGGCUUCGGUGGUAGCUGCAGCGGUUGCAACAGCAGUAGCAGCAGCGGCGACAGCGGUUUCUGAGGGCUCGGGACUUUGUCUUUCAUUCUAGCUCCUGCCUCACCUGUUUGUUUUCCUGGGAGGGUAUAAACAGUUUUGUUGAAAUCAUCCUUGGUAAUCAUGGCAGAAGGUGGAUUUGAUCCCUGUGAAUGUGUUUGCUCUCAUGAACAUGCAAUGAGACGACUGAUUAAUCUGUUGAGACAGUCCCAGUCCUACUGCACAGACACAGAAUGCCUUCAGGAAUUACCAGGACCUAAUUCUUCCAUUGACCCUGGCCUCAGUGUUACCAUGAUAAUACUGUUCUGGAUGGCCAUUGCAAUGAUCUUGUUCCUAAUGAGACCCUUUAAUCUGAGAGGAUCCAUCAUAACUGGAAAACCAACCAGUCCACAUAAUGGACAAGACCCACCAGCUCCUCCUGUGGACUAGACUUUGUAUGAAAAUGAAAACAGCAAACAUCUUGCACGACCAAAUGAAAGAAAAUGACCAGAGUACUCUUAACCCAAUUAGUACUAUUUUUCCCUUUGCAUUUACAGCAUAGGAUGGUAUUGUUUUCAUGAGCUACUAGAAAUUUUACUGUGAUCUAAUUUUUGCUUCCCAUGUUGCCACCAUUCCUAUUUAGAAUAUAUUUGAGUAAAUGAUUUUUUUUUUUUCUUAAAGGAGUCAUAUGGGAUUCUGGGGUUUCCAGGCCUUAAACAUUCCACUUAUUCUCUUCUUAAUGGUUAUGACUUUUGUGUGUGUGUGUAUGAGGUGGUUUCUGGCCUAAUUGAAGGAGAAUUGCAAUCUCUGCAUUUAAACUGAUGAAAUGGUUUUGAUAGUUUUGUAAGACUGAUUUUCCCCCCCGCAUAAGGCAUACUUUUAAAGUUAUUUGAACUCAGCUGGGAAAAUUAGAACCACAUUGUAUUUAUACUCAACCUCAUAGUGACCCUCUCUGUGGAUGGUGGUCUUCUCCCUAUCCUCUAGACUUUUUUAACCUCAUGGAAUUUUUACCAUUGGUGGCAGAAGCCCAUUAGAACUGACUUAUGUGCUUGAAAAAGGAAAGAAGAAAUUAUAUGGUUGUUUACUAAGCUUUUACUACCUUCCAUAAAAUUAUUUUACAUUAAAAAGUUCAAUAAAUGUAAUAGAUUGAUAAAGUACAUAUUUAACUGUCCAUUAUAUAAAAUAUUUGUAAGCCAUUGAGCACUAGACUUACAAGGUUUAUAAAAGGAGAAUAUUUAACAAUUCGUGGCUAUACUGGGAGUAACCUAUAUCAUUUUAAUUUAAACUGUAAUUUAUUGUUUAUGAUGAGAACCUAUUAAAAUUGAAAAUACCUUUUGACUCAUUGGCUCCAAGUUUGUAGAACUAAAACUUGGAUUACUGCUUUUCCUUUCUGUGAGUUUAACUUUAAAGCUUUAUGGGUGCCUAUUUGGCCACUGAUUUUCAAAUAUGGUUUUACUUGCUAAUUCUCUGUCCUCUUUGAAAACUGUUUUGACUUCAAUGCCUUUCUAACCUUUUGACAAAACUUUAUGAAUUCUUUGUUGAUUCCAGGGAAAGAAAUGGCAGGUGGGGAAGAAUGAGAGAUGUUUGUUCUCUUCCCUUACUGUGCGAGUCUUAUUUUAGCUAAUGGGAGGAGGAAUGCUUUGUGGAUAUUAAUUUAAGAGCAUUUUUGAAAUGUACAGAAAAAUAAACAGUUGAAUGUUUUUCUUGGUCAGUUUGGAAAAUGAGUGAGAAUAAUAUAAAGAAUAUACGUACAUGACCUGCUUGGUCAUGGAAUUUUUCCUAGUGAGUGAGAACAACUUACAGGGACCUGGAAUGUACACUUCUAUCGAAUAUAAGACUUUUUUCAUCAUAAAUGCAAAAUUCCCAUAGCCUCUCACUGUAUAGAUCUUGCACUUGUAUAAGUUGAAUAAACUACUCUAUGUCAUUGUACUGUGUAAUAUAGUCUCUGAUAUAGCCCUGUAACACUUAAGGGAUUAUUUUUUUUAAAGAUUGCAUUCUAGACUAUCUAUACUAUGUAAGGUCAUAAUUUUAAAUAUACAAUCUGAUAUUCCUAACUUGAAUUAUUUCUUGUACAUGUUAGUUUUCUGACUAACUCGUUGAAAUAAUACAACCAACUCUUGAUUACUUAUGCUAAUGGAGGGUAUCAUGUCCCAGGAAGUCAAAUACUCUCUAUCCCCCAAGAGAAUGGUUUCUCUCUGCUGUGAUCUAUUGGACAAUCCCAUUCUGCUUUCCCAGCUGUACACUUAGAGAGAAUGAAUAAGCCAGGAUAGCAGCACCUUGGACCCUCCAUUCUGAAAACUCUGCCCCUUCUUCUUCCCAGUCUCCACAUGCUCUGAGUUGCUGGGAGGCCUUCCAUUGGCAGAUAGAAUGCAUAUAGUAUUCCAGCACCACACAAGUAAUUGAGAGUUGACUGCAGUUUGGAAUAGUUUUAAGGAAAAUGGUACCAUAGUGGUCUAGUGUCAGCCCGGCCCUCGAAAUCAGGACUCUUGUUUCUAUUCUAAGACCUUAGGCCUGUAGUCCUAUUGCUGGUAUUUAUUUGAUACCUGAUCUGAAGCACAUUUGGUGUUUUUUUCUUUGUAUCAGGUUACUUAUCAACAAAUUAAUAACAGCAGUUUUUAUCUCCACAGAGUAUUGGCUCUAAUUAUGUUGCUUGUCAAAUUCUUCAGCACCUGUGAUCAGGUGAGAUAUUCUAGACUCUUCUUAAAGCAGUAAUUUACAAUGCAGCAAACAUAACCCUCAAAGCUUCUGCAUGAUUGAUGCCUUUUUUGUUGGACAAACUAGUAAGUCAUUUGCCUUAUUAGCAUUAGCUAAACCAUCACUACAAUCCUUUUUCUAAAAAAUUUUUUUCGAAUACUCUGGAAAAAAAAAGAUUAGGGCCCCAUCUUUUAAAAUCACCAGUGGCACUUAAACACUGCAAAUAGUAUGUUGUUGAUAGGUCGUUUUGUUUGUUACCACAUAAUUACUUUUAUUUAUGCAAAACAAUACUUUUGGCUUUACAUGUGGGAAGAGCUAAGCUGGAAAUGUUUUGUAGUAAAAUGUUUUAUGAUGUACCAGGCCAGGAUCCCAUGUUCAGCAAGUCACAUUUUUAAACUUGCAAAAAUUCUCUAAAGUAACUAUCAGUCACAGCCUAUCACAAGGUUACUUUUAGUGUCUUUUGUGAUUUGUGAAUUGAAAGUGUACCAUCGUGUUUAUUUAGAAUUUAUAUAGCUCACAUUUUAGAAGGAACCUUGGAAGAUAUUAAAUAUCAAAAGUCUUUUACUGAUCAGAUCUGUUUAAAAACAUUGCCAGCUGAAUUCUUAAGGCAAGAAUUCUAGCAACCUAAAGAAGCAACGAAGAGCGUUUACAGUUAAUGGAUUAAAUCUUUGUUAUUGCAGUAGUAGGUUUAGUCUCUUAAUAUAUUAUAUUCUUAAAUGAAGAAUCAUGUGUGUUUGUUACUAUGUCUGAAGAUCACUUUGUUUAAAAAACAAACAAAAAAGGAAAAGUAUAAGUUAUGUGAUGUACUAAAUGUUAAUUGCUGGUUUAAAACGUCUAAAUUAUGCCAAACAAAUCAUGUCUGUGCCAUCCAGGUUUUCCUGUUAAUCUUUUACUGAGUACUUGGAUUGGGGUAAAGGGCUUGUACUAUGCACUUUUUAUUAAUGAAUAAAUAGAAAACAUUAGUAA